AUGCACCGGGCAGCAGGUCCGGUCUUUCGGUCCGUCAGGAAGAUGGCGGCCUCAGGGGCGGAGCCGCAGGUCCUGAUACAAUACGUGGUGCUACGGAAGGAUCUGUCUCAGGCUCCGCUCUCCUGGCCGGCAGGAGCAUUGGUGGCUCAAGCUUGCCACGCAGCCACCGCAGCUUUGCACGUCCAUCGUGAACACCCGCACACGGUAGCCUACCUCCAGGAGCUGGGGCGCAUGCGCAAGGUGGUCCUCGAGGCCUCAGAUGAGACCGUCCUCCGGGAGCUGGCGCAGACCCUGCAGCAGGGAGACAUCGACCACGUGCUGUGGCUUGAGCAGCCUGAGAACGUUGCCACUUGCCUUGCACUCCGGCCCUACCCCAAGGAGGACGUGAGCCAGUACUUGAAGAAGUUUCGAUUGUUCAAGUGACCACUGCCGUGGUGCAUUCCAAUGUUAGCUGGGUGCGGAAGUGCCCUGUGACCAGACCACGAGCAAACUGAUGUCCUUCCGGUGUCGGCCGCUUCCAGUCAUUAUAGCUCCCCAACAGUCAAAACACACAUGCUCAUAUUAAAGCUGUCGUUCAUAAAUACUUCCUCUUGUUGUUCUUAGAAGGUCAUGUGCAGAAGAUGAGAAGCAGUGUUGCCUAGGAGUCAUUUUUCAAAUACAAGAUUUUGGUAGAUUUAUUUUUGAAAGGCAGAGUUACAGAGAGAGAUGGAAAGUCAGAGAAAGAGAGAUCUUGCAUCU